AGAUUUAACAAGCAAGACGACAGGGAGGGAGAGAGCGAGAAAAGAGAGCUCGCAGGCAGACGAUAUAUAACGCGCUACUUUUCCGCGAGUACUGCCAGCUUGGCCUGCAAAGACAAGUAGACGGCACCGUUGGGAUUUGGACUGAUUUAAGAUUGACCUACAAUCAAGCACCAUUUUUCAUGAAGGCGCCGCGGAAGAGAGAAAAAAAUCCGCCUUGAGACUUGGAUUAAACAUUAAUGGGAAAGCUAUGGAGGACUUCAGAAGGACUGCAUUUCGGAAGAAGAACAACCCAUACCUGCCAGAGACUGCGCAGGUCCAGACAGAAAGAAAGGAUAAACAACAUUGCUGUGCUUCCAGUCAGAAAUCUUCAGAUGAAGGAGACUGCAUCAUUCUGAAAAUUGAUCCUGUGAAAGAGUGCAGUAGCCCUAAAAUUUCAGAGCAGAACUCUCUACCUUCCGAUGGAAACAAACUGAAGACAGAUUGCCUUGCUACUGGGAGAAGAGAUGCAAAAGGUGUAAAUGGAAGGACUCCAGUCUGCAGGCUACCCCAGCAGCUGUCUGCAUCUAAGCCCAGUGUGCCUCCAAAACCUUCUCACCUGCUUAGUCCGGCAACAGAGCCCUUAAAUCACCAAGCUGUCUUAAGACCACAGUACGCUGCUAGAAUCAGGAUGGAAGAACUCACUGCACUAGGAACAUCCAAGGUGUCAAGCCUCAUCAGCCACUUUGAAGGAGGCAGUGCGUAUGAAGCAAAAAAAGACACCACUACUAUUGCGAACACUUCCUGGCACCCAAUGAAGUCUCCAGGCAGCGUCUCCCCUAGUUCCAGAUUCCGGCAAAAGGGUUCCAGUGACAGGCUGUCUUCGGCAGCACCCAGUGGUGGCACAAAUCUGUCACAUACUUUGUCUGCUCCUGAUACACCCAGACUCAUGGCAAAUGGAAUGUUAGCACAGUCGGAGAACCCAGGAAACAAUGCCCCACCACAAACCUCAGAGAGAACCACAGACUCAACUUUGACCUCUGAAGACAGCAGUAUUGUACAUGGGGACAGAGGGGACUUUCCAUUACCAACGGAAAACAGCAUUUGUUCAACAUCGGAAGAAAACACUGUACCACCCUUGACAACAGUCUGUGAGGAGAGUGUGGCUCACAACAAGAAAACCAAGAAUGACAUACAGCAGGUGAUGGAAAUCAAGGAAUCAAAUGAGCAGAAACUUUAUAAUAUCGCCAAUGAACUUUUACACACAGAAAAAGCUUAUGUGAACAGGCUUAAUCUCCUGGAUCAGGUAUUUUGUUCCAAGCUAACAGAAGAAGCAAAUAAGGGGAGUUUUCCUUUGGAAAUAGUAAAAAAUAUUUUUUCCAACAUAUCAUCAAUAACUGCUUUUCACAGCCAAUUCCUGUUACCAGACCUUGAAAAACGAAUGGCAAUAUGGACAUCCACACCUAGGAUAGGUGACAUCCUACAGAAACUAGCACCCUUUCUGAAAAUGUAUGGAGAAUAUGUUAAAAAUUUUGAUCAUGCUAUGGACCUACUGAAGGUCUGGAAUGAGAGGUCGCCACAGUUCAAAGCCAUUAUUCAAGAUAUCCAGAAACAAGACAUAUGUGGGAGUCUGACGCUACAGCACCAUAUGCUUGAACCUGUGCAAAGGAUUCCCCGAUAUGAAAUGCUUCUCAAAGACUACCUGAAAAAGCUGCCUCAGGACUCCUCAGACCGCAAGGAUGCAGAAAAGUCGCUGGAAAUUAUUUCUACAGCUGCCUCACAUUCCAAUACUGCAAUUAGGAAAGCGGAGAAUCUGAAGAAACUGAUUGAAAUCUAUGAGGUGCUGUGUGAAGAAGAAGACAUUGUCAACCCUUCAAAUGAAUUUAUCAAGGAAGGUCAAAUAUUAAAGCUUGCUGCACGUAACACUUCUGCUCAGGAGCGCUAUCUGUUUUUAUUUAACAACAUGUUGCUGUACUGUGUGCCAAAAUUUAGUUUAGUGGGCCAAAAGUACACUGUUCGUACAAAAAUAGGCAUUGAUGGGAUGAAAGUCCGGGAAACGGGGAACGAUGACUAUCUACACACAUUUCAGGUAUCUGGGAAGGAGAGAACCCUGGAGCUACAAGCUAGCUCAGAACAGGACAAGCUAGACUGGAUCAAGGCCUUCCAAAAUGUUAUUGAUAUCUAUCAGCAGAAGAAUGAAACCUUCAAACUGGCAAAGGAGAUUGAGCAACCUUGUGAAGUUUCGAAAGAAGAGCUUGGUAAAAGAGCUCCACGAUGGAUCCGUGACAAUGAGGUGACAAUGUGUAUGAAAUGUAAGGAGCUGUUCAAUGCUCUAACACGGAGGCGGCACCACUGUCGGGCCUGUGGAUACGUUGUAUGUUGGAAAUGUUCAGACUACAAAGUGAAACUCGAGUAUGACGGCAACAGGUUCAAUAAAGUGUGUAAAGAUUGUUACUUGAUAAUGACAGGUGGUCCAGACAUUGAAGAAAAGAAUGACAACAAGAAGAAAGGAAUCCUUGAGAUUGAAUCUGCACAAGUAUCAGAAAACAGUGUAGUCUGUGGCUUUUUGCAGUAUUUGGAGAAGAAUAAACCCUGGCAGAAAGUGUGGUGUGUGGUUCCAAAAAAUGAGGCUCUCGUUUUGUAUCUGUAUGGCGCACCACAGGAUGUGAAAGCUCAGGCCACCAUUCCGCUUUUGGGCUACACAGUAGAAGAACACCAGCGUAUUCCGGAGAUGCCCCACAGUUUUAAGCUGACCCAGUCUAAAUCUGUGCAUGGGUUCGCAGCUGAAACAGAUGAGCUCAAGCAGAAAUGGUUAAGGGUGAUCAAAGCCGCAGUAAUCGGAGAGAUUUCUCAAAUUGAGCAUAAAACCGAGGCCCCUUUACAAGAGAAUUCUGUACCAGAAAGCGUAUAAAACUGUGCUGGGUACCACCACUACAUUAGAUCCAUGGAGCCUCUCUUUAACUAGCUGGACCUGGCCUGCCAAGGAGGAUGCCAUUCUCAUCAUGCUCCCCAUUUACAAAGGAGUGAGUUUGUUAAAAUUGUGUAACACUAUUAACAGGUAAAACAAAAUGGUCACCUUACAUGCACAUCACAGCUCAAUUCACUGGCCUACAGUAAAGGUAUCAGUUGCUGCUGUAUUUCAGAGAAAGCCCCAUUGACAAGUGCAGAUUUGGCAUCGUUUUUGUAAAACUCUUUAACCCGGGAGAAGAUGACUGAGAACUUUAUUUCGGUGUACUCAACAAUUUUUUAAUUUGGUUGGACACAAAAGUACAAAGCGAUGAAUUAUCCACUGAGUAAGACCCAAAGAGCCUGACUUUGUUGGCAUUGAGAAUUACUGAGGGAAACAGCACAUCAGGAAUCCAUGACUUUUGAUGUUAGGCUGCCUUCAUCAUUAAAGCUGCAACUACAUUACCUGAAUUGUGUACGCUUCAAGAAAAAGCAAGUCCAACUGGAGCUAAUUCCUAGUUUGACUCCAAAUAGGAGUCACCAUAAGCACAAUAGUACUACUUUGAUAGAGGUGGAUGUCAUUCAAUUGCUAACUCUGUUUUUGUACUUGACACCAGAUGCACGUUUCUACAUUUAAAACUGCAAGAUACAUUCAGACUUGAAUUUAUUAAAUGAUAUUAAAGUUUAUCUCAAGGAGUCAAUUUGCAUCAGGAUUACAAACUAUCAAUUUUGCAACUGUGAGAUUACAAAAAGCAAGGAUAAAUAAAUCAAUAAAAGAAAUUCUUGUAAAUUAAAACUAUAUUAAUUCAUCUCUUUCAACAGAAAGUGUUUUUGUUUUGUUUUAAAUUGUAUGUUUACCUUAAUUAUUUUCAUGUCUCGUAAAUUUAAUCUCUUUUUUGAAACUGAAGUAAAUUAUAGAAUGUUUGA